GUGUUUUCCCAUCGCCGACAAGUCAAUGUACAAAAAAGCCAGAUUCCGGCCGGGGUCAGGAGAGCUUUCUGACGUCCAGACCCUCGACCAGUGUUGUGGAUAUUCUUGCUGCAGGGUCGGUGUUACGUGCAGACCUUGUCCUAUACGCGAAACCCUUGACUCCCUGGUCGGGAAUUCAACUAUUAAUUCAUCUUAGUCUGCCGCUUCAAUCCUCUCAUCUAGCUCCUCAAACAUGCAAAGAAAACGCCGUUUCGUUCGAGAGCUUGGCCCCAUCGGCAAGCCGGGGAAAAUGACUUGCCGUGACACCCAAUGACGACGUCCUUAUUCGUGGUGACUAAGGCCGCUUCUGAGCCGAAGCGAGCGCGGGGCCGAACUUAAUCCCGUGAGGGGCAUUCACUAGCAGUCCAUGAUAUGUAAACAGAGGUUCCGGUCAGCGAUUUGUUGCAAUCAAAUCGGAGUAGAGAGAAAGUCGCUGAGUCGAAUAUUACUUGGCGCUGCUGGAAGCUUCGGGGUAUCUUCUGACUGGAUUCUGUGAUAAGCCUAUUAGACCAAACACACUCGACUGGCGAGGCUGAUUGAAACAUGGCUUCUCAAGCUCCUAUUGCGCAAGAUGGACCAAACGAGGAGGCGAAAUAUAUCGACUUCCCCUGUCUUCCUGAUGAUGCGAUGCGGGACGGAAAACCGGCCUUGAACAAAUAUUCUCAGUUCAUUACAAAAGGUCAUGAUUACCCAGGUGCCCAGGCAAUGUUAUAUGCUGCUGGGGUACCUGAUAGGGAUGCCAUGAAAACGAGUCCUCAUGUUGGCAUUGCAUCAGUAUGGUGGGAAGGAAAUCCCUGCAACAUGCACUUGUUGGAUUUAGGAAAGACUGUGAAAAAGGCUGUUAUAGAUCAGGGCAUGCUGGGAUGGCAAUACAAUACCAUUGGUGUCUCUGACGCAAUCACAAUGGGUCAUGAAGGCAUGCGCUUUUCUCUGCAGUCUCGUGAGGUCAUUGCCGACAGCAUCGAAACUGUGACUUGCGCACAAUACCAUGACGGUUGCAUUGCCAUACCUGGUUGUGACAAGAACAUGCCUGGGUGUAUUAUGGCCAUGGGAAGACACAACCGCCCCUCCCUGAUGAUAUACGGUGGCACAAUUCAAGGCGGAUAUUCGAAACUAUUGCGACGACCCAUUAACGUUUCGACCUGCUAUGAGGCCGCGGGUGCUUAUGCGUAUAAUACUUUGGUCCAGCCGGACGAUGGCGGGGACAGGAGCAAAACUAAGGAUGAGAUCAUGGAAGACAUUGAAAGACAUGCUUGUCCGAGCGCUGGGGCUUGCGCAGGCAUGUAUACUGCGAACACAAUGGCCACAGCAAUUGAGUCGAUGGGUCUGACUCUGCCUGGUUCAUCUUCUACCCCCGCAACAUCACCAGCGAAGAUGCGAGAAUGUGUAAAAGCGGCUGAUGCAAUUAAAUUGUGCAUGGAGAGGAACAUCAGACCGCGCGACUUAUUGACAAAACGGUCCUUUGAGAAUGCCCUGGUCAUGACAAUGGCUCUCGGUGGAAGCACUAACGGCGUUGUUCAUUUCAUUGCCAUGGCUAGAUCGGCUGGUGUUCACUUAAUGCUAGAUGACAUCCAGCGUGUUAGUGACAAAAUUCCUUUUAUCGCGAACCUCGCCCCAAGCGGAAAAUAUUACAUGGCAGAUCUAUACGAAAUUGGAGGCAUUCCAUCCGUCCAGAAAUUGCUUGUCGCCGCAGGCCUUUUAGAUGGCGGUAUUCCCACGGUGACUGGAAAGACAUUGGCGGAGAACAUUGCAUCUUUCCCCUCCCUCCCACAAGACCAAGCUAUCAUUCACCCACUUGACAACCCGAUCAAGUCAACCGGCCAUCUCCAGGUGCUCAGGGGAAACCUUGCCCCUGGCGGUGCUGUCGCUAAAAUUACCGGAAAAGAAGGUACUAAAUUUACGGGAAAGGCUCGCGUAUUUAACAAAGAGCACGAGUUGGACGCCGCUCUAAGCCGUGGCGAGAUCCCACGCGGAGAUAACCUCGUCCUCGUCGUUCGAUACGAGGGACCAAAGGGUGGUCCCGGAAUGCCGGAACAACUCAAAGCUAGUGCUGCCUUGAUGGGAGCUAAACUCACAAACGUAGCGCUGAUUACAGAUGGCAGAUAUUCAGGUGCCAGUCAUGGAUUUAUUGUUGGACACAUUGUCCCAGAAGCUGCAGUGGGCGGUCCGAUUGCUGUUGUGCAGGAUGGUGAUACGAUCACAAUCAACGCGGAUACCAACGAACUCACAAUGGAUGUUUCUGACGAAGAAAUCGCACAGCGUUUGAAGGGGUGGAAACCGCCAAAACCACGUGUUACCCGGGGGGUGCUGGCGAAGUAUGCUAAAUUAGUCGGAGAUGCAUCAAAUGGUGCUAUGACUGACCAGUUUUAGAGCAACGACUCCAAGCAUGUUAGCAUAUCAAGUAUCCAUGCGUUCUAGGGUGCGUGUGGUAUGUAGUUAGUC